UACGUGCUGCUACCUAGUCGCUCCGUCCAACGGCCGGCAGCUCACUCAGCAGCGUCAGCAGCCAUGGCGGUGUCACAACUCCAUCUCGUGGUGAUGGUGAUCCUAGUAUCAGCAGUAGCAUCUGCUCCCGCAGUAGCAGCGCAGUACCUGGGCGUCAACUACGGCACACUGGGCGACAACCUCCCGCCGCCGCACCGCGGGAUGGAGCUGGCCCGCUCGGCGGGGGCCGUCUCUGUCCGCUUCUACGACGCCAACGCGACCCUCCUGGCGGCGGCCGCGGCGUCCGGCCUCGACUUCGUGCCGAGCUUCCCCAACGAGCUCAUCCCGUCUCUCGCCGGCUCCCAGCGCGCCGCCGACGCAUUGGUGGCCGCCACGCUGCUCCCGUUCCGCGGCAACCCACGCCUCCGCUACCUCUUCGUCGGCAACGAGUUCCUCUCCAACCCGACCGCCAAGCCCAACUGGGCGCUGAUCGUCCCCGCCAUGACCAACGCCGCCAGGGCGCUGCGCCGCCACGGCCUCGCGCACGUGAAGGUGAGCACCACGCUCAGCAUGAACGACCUCGGCAACACCGUGCUCCCGCCGUCGGCCGGCGCGUUCCGGCCGGAGAUCGCCGAGGCCGUGAUGGGCCCGAUGCUGGCCUUCCUGCAGCGCACAGGCUCCUGCCUGUUCCUGGACGCCUACACCUACUUCACCUGGUCGGCGAACCACACCAUCUUCCCGCUGCCCUACGCGCUGCUGGAGCCGUCGCCGGGGUUCGCGUACCACGACCCCGGCACGGGGCUCUCGUACGCCAACCUCCUGGACCAGAUGCUGGACACGGCGGCGGCCGCCAUGUGCCGCCUGGGCUACUGCGGCGUGGGUCUGGCGCUGGCCGAGACCGGGUGGCCCACGGCGGGCGACCUGGACCAGUUCGGCGCCAACGUGCGGAAUGCGGCCACGUACAACCGCAACCUGGCGCGGCGCCUGGCGUCCGGGGCCGGCACGCCGCGGCGGCCCGGGGUGCCGGUGCCGGCGAUGGUGUUCGCGCUGUUCAACGAGGACCUCAAGUGGGGGCCCGACACGGAGCGGCACUGGGGCCUGUUCUACCCCAACGGCAGCGCGGUGUACGAGGUGGACCUCACGGGGCGCCGCCCGCUGGCGUCGUACCCGCCGCUGCCGCCGGCGACGAACGACCAGCCGUACCGGGGCCCCCUGUGGUGCGUGGUGAGGACGGCGGGCAUUAACGAGACGGCGGUGAGGGAGCAGGUGGCGGCGGUGUGCGACGACGACGAGGCCGAGGAUGCGCUGUGCGACCCCGUGCGGCCCGGCGGCGCGUGCUUCCUGCCCAACACGGUCGCCGCGCACGCCAGCUACGUCUUCAGCGCGCACUGGAACAGGUUCAGCGAGGACUACGGAGCCUGCUACUUUGACGGCUGGGGCAUGGAGACCACCAUCGAUCCCAGCCAUGGAUCAUGCAAAUUUCCAAGCAUCCAUCUCAAAUAAGAAAUAUAUAUAUCAUGAUGAUAUAUAGUGGAGAACCGGCUCAAAUUUCCACGGAUCACUGAGCUUGUUCACCGAGUUAUCGUGCUCAUUUAUCCCAAUUAAUAAAUGCAGAAAAUGAGGAAAUAUGAUUUUAAAGAAAAAACGAAGCGUGUUAUUUUCUUCAUGUCAGCAUAUAGAAAGACUGUCAAACUGUAAUGCUGCCAACCAAAUCAGACAUGCUGAUGUUGCGACACCAAAUAUGUUGUAUACACAUAGAACAAUGCAUUUUGUGCGUGCAACAUUUCAUUUAACGUGUAGGGGAGAAUCUAUUUUCGCACAGAACAUUUUACUUAGCGCAUAAAAAUACUUUAUUUUAUGCGCCCUAGAGCAUUUGAUCCGGCACGUAGGCCAUUUUUGUUUUGUGUGUGUACAGCUUGUGUUGUACAAGUAGCGCAUUUGAUUGUUCGGGCCGCAA